GAUGUACAGACACAGCACACAAAGAAUGCAUUGAUCAUUCAUCGACACAAGCUCUUAAAAUGCAUGCAAAUAGUAGUGCAUGUCCUCUCGCCGUGUCCAAAUGGCAUCGGUGCACGUAACCACGCCGCGCCGGUUGGUAGGAGUGUUAAGGUGAGGGUGUAUUUAGAAGCCAAGUGUUUUGGUAAACCGGUUAUUUCGAUGAGCGACAAACGAGAGACGGGUCUGGUAGACAGUGCGCCCAUCCGACUAUGCCUUCCCCAACUCGAGACGACAGCAAAGUGGAGACCGGACAGUCAGAGGACGGAUCUGCGGACAGAUCUCAGACAGGAGAACGUCUCGUUUGCGCCCUGGAGAUGGAGAUGACAAACUGCAGCCUGCACGGCUGCUCGAAAGUGGACUGUGUGAAUUGCGAUGGCUCGAUCAGUCGAAACGGCGGGGACUCAGCAGAAGUAUCCGUGCCGCUGUCACUUUCCGGGAAGCGGUCUGUUCCCAUGGAGGGAGAAAACCUCUACAGACUGCGAGACAGAAAGUUUUUAUUGGAGGAUAAAAAGCGCCUUUGCGUGUUGUCUUUAGGCGCCGCUGUGCUCGGGAUCCUGCUCAUGAUAAUCCACGCCGAGAUAUGUCCCUUGGUUUAUAAACCGGGUUCAAACAUCGCCUUAAUCAUCAACUGUUCCAUCAGCCUGUCUACCGGGUGUCUCCUGGUCUUCAUUAUAGCUUUCCAUUAUAAGGACAUCAGGCUGUUCAUCAUUGACCAGAACCAGGUGGACUGGCGUAUUGCCAUGACCAGCCACAGGAUUCUUAUGAUCACUCUGGAGUUGUUAGUCUGUGUCAUCCAUCCUGUUGGCACGUACUGGGAGGUGGGCCUCCACUUCAACUCCUCUUCCUCAGCUCCGCUUUGUGUUUCCAACCACCACAAUGAGCCCCUGAUGGACAUGGAGCUGCUGCUAUCAGUGCUGAUGUUCCUUCGCUUGUACUUGGUGCACAGAACCAUCCUGUUGCACAGCAAAGUGCUGCUGAGCGCCUCCUACAGGAGCAUCGGCUCGCUCAACAACAUCAACUUCACCUUCCGAUUUGUUCUCAAGGUACUGAUGAACAAAUACCCCGGACGCACGCUGCUGGUCUUCAUUCUCUUCUUCUGGCUCACUGCAUCCUGGAUGCUUACUCUGUGUGAGAGGAAGACCCAAGAAACGACUGGCCGCAUCGACACGGCUCUGUGGCUCAUAGCCAUCACCUUCCUCACAGUUGGGUAUGGGGAUGUGUCGCCCAAGACCAGCUGUGGCAAGGCAGUGUGUCUCCUAACUGGAGUUAUGGGUGUAGCCUGCACUGCCAUGCUGGUAGCAGUCGUUACCAAAACUCUGGCGUUGAACAAAGGAGAAAAACAUGUGCAUUUCUUCAUGCUGGACAUCCAGAUCUCUAAACGGAUCCGCCACGCUGCUGCUAAUGUGCUAAGAGAAUGCUGGCUUCUGCAUCGCACAAACCUGAUAAAGAGCAACCGCGGUGAGCAGCGAAGACACCAGAGAUGCCUUCUGGAAGCCAUCAGAGUAUUUCGGCAUUUACGCCUCAAACAAAGGAAACUGAGAGAUUACGUCAGUGAGAUGGUCGACCUCCCCAAGAUGCAGAUGAUCAUGUGCGACCUCAGUGCCAAUUGGAAUAACUCCUAUCGGGAGCUGGAACAGCGAAUACUCUCCAUGGAGCAGAAGCUGGAUGAGCUGAGUCGUUGCUUCCAUCAAACCUCUGAGCUGCUGUCACAUGUGCUACGCAACCGCAACCCCGAGAUCAGGUGACAUGGCUACAAACACUUGUUACGGACACAGAUGAUUGUCUUCAGCAUUUUCAUCUACAGUAUCCAUGAAAGUGAGACGGUAAAUCCUCUCCACCCAGAGCUGCUCCAGACUCUUAACAUGCUGAACCACUUGGAGGACUGGCAUCCCUACUAAAGAUCUCAUCUUCUGGCCCUGUGCGGUGUGCACUGCACAGUGACUCAUAGCAUUGACUUCCAUUCACUGUGAAAGAAUCACAGUGCAUUUUGAGAAAUCUGUUGUGUUUUCACCAGUUAUAUUUGUGACGGUGCACAAAGAAACAGGGACCAUGGAGAGCCUUGUAAUCCACACUGUCAAAGACCAGUCCAGGGCUUGCUUCGUUGACUGCUAUUUGUAAGGUUUCACUGAUGGACUUUGUCACUGCCUUAUUCCUGUGGAAUAAGAUGUAUAUAUAUUUCAUCUUAAUUUUAUUUCCAAUUUCUUGCAAUGUUUUAGUGUACGCUUAAUCAUUUUAUAGAAAAAAAAAAAAAAACCCUCUUCGCAAUUCUCUUUUUUUUAAAAUCAGCACAGUUUUAAUGGUUACCAGGUCGAUAAUUGCUUAAAAACAGGCUUAUUGAAAAGAAAUGAAUUUCAAGAUUUCGCAUUUUUCUGCUUUCCUCAGUAAAUUGUGAAUGAAAUGUUGUGUUUUGAUGCUCAAACAAGGUAAGAAACUAAACUUCAAGUAAUGUUGAAAGAAACCUUUAUUUCAAAGUGUUUGGGAUUUAAAAAAUAUGUCGACUCAUAUAUUAAUGUCUACAAAUAGGGUUGUAAUCAUCAGUUUACACCUGUUCUGAGAACAAUGAAACUUGAGCGUAAAUUGCCUUCUAAACUCAUCUUUAAAACAUCCCAACAGCUCCAUCUAGUGGACAUGGGUUGAGUAAACUAAAUAUGUAAUGUGGACCGUUAACAUAAUUAAAAUUUUAAAAGAUUACAUUGUGUAACAACCAUAAAAAAAGUCAGAUGCCUGAAUCCCCAAAUCCCCUCUACAUUAUUUGAAUUGGCUGUAAUUGUUCUGAAACAACAUCUGGAAAAAAACAAAAAACAAAAAAACAAGAGGACAUAAACUCCUGUACAAACUUCACUGUAAAAAAUGCACUUUGUUGGAAAAAAAAUAGCAAAACUGGACUAACUCUCUCUCUCUCUCUCUGGAGGAUAAACUGGAGUUUUAACUUAAGCCAAUACUGAAAAAAAAACAAAAAAAAAAA